AGGGUAGCUGCUUUCUGAGCCAUCCCGUACCGGCUGCGUGUUAUGCCUAAAAUUGUCAUCAGCUUCUUGGGUGUCUGUUUUUGGUUUGUUUUUUUUUUUUCCUGAGGCCUUACUGAGGUUUAAUUACUUAAAGGCGCUUGUGGUGAUAGUGUAAUUUAAGAUGUUUGUCCUACUCAGUUUUAACUCUCUAAUUGACUCUUUUAUGUUGUUUUAACUCGGGAAUGGUUAAAUGGCCAAAGAAUUCAAUUAUUUACGGAUAAGGGCUGUUUUAUUUGAGUACUCUUGGCCUGCAACUUAAACUUGCAUCUUUUAUUUUUUAUCCUAUGCUUUUUCUGUGCUAUGGCUGCUGCAACAAUAGUUCAUGAUACAUCAGAAGCUGUAGAGCUCUGUGCUCCCUGUGGGUUAUACCUUAAACCCAUUACAAAAAUGACCAUCAGUGUGGCCCUUCCUCAGCUGAAACAACCGGGAAAAUCCAUUUCCAACUGGGAAGUGAUGGAAAGAUUGAAAGGGAUGGUGCAAACUCAUCAGUUUUCCACUCUGCGGAUUUCUAAAAGCACAAUGGAUUUCAUCCGGUUCGAAGGAGAGGUGGAGAACAAAAGUUUGGUUAAAUCUUUCCUGGCGUGCCUGGAUGGCAAAACCAUCAAGCUGAGCGGCUUCUCUGACAUCUUGAAGGUCCGUGCUGCAGAGUAUAAGAUUGACUUUCCUACCAGGCAUGACUGGGACUCGUUUUUCCGUGAUGCCAAGGAUAUGAAUGAAACCCUGCCAGGGGAGAGGCCAGACACGAUUCAUUUAGAGGGCUUACCUUGUAAAUGGUUUGCAGCAAAGGACUCCGGCUCGGAAAAGCCGAGUGAAGAAAUCCUUAUAAAAGUUUUCAGGAAUUUUGGAGAGAUACGGAAUGUGGACAUACCCAUGCUGGACCCUUACAGAGAAGAAAUGACUGGCAGGAAUUUCCACACUUUCAGUUUCGGAGGCCAUUUAAAUUUUGAAGCUUAUGUUCAAUAUCAAGAGUACGCGGGUUUCAUUAAGGCCAUGAAUGCCCUGCGAGGGAUGAAGCUGAUGUACAAAGGUGAUGAUGGCAAAGCAGUGGCUUGCAAUAUAAAGGUUUCUUUUGACUCAACAAAACACCUCAGUGAUGCCUCAAUUAAGAAGCGUCAGCUUGAAAGGCAAAAGCUUCAAGAGCUUGAAAAACAGAGAGAAGAACAAAAACGUAGAGAGAAAGAAGCUGAAGAAAAACAAAAAGAGGAAGAAAGGAAGCAGAGAGAGCUUGAAGAAUAUGAGAGAGAGAGAAAAAGAGAAGAAAAGUUGCGCAAGAGAGAACAGAAGCAGAGAGAUCGUGAAGUUCGACGAAACAAGAAACAACUUGAAAAGCUUCAAGCUGAAGAACAGAAAAAACUGCAAGAGAAGAUAAAGUUGGAAGAAAGGAAGCUCCUGUUAGCUCAGAGAAACCUUCAGUCCAUUAGACUAAUUGCAGAGCUGCUAAGCAGGGCAAAGACAGUAAAGCUUUUGGAGCAAGAACAUAAUGAAGAGAAGAUUCGUCUUCAGCAGCAAGAGGAGAGACGAAGGCUCCAGGAGGCUGAGCUCAAACGUGUGGAAGAGGAAAAAGAGAGAGCACUGGGGUUGCAGAGAAAAGAAAAGGAACUGAGGGAGAAACUACUGAAUAAUCUUCUGAGCAAGAAAAUGGAUGAAGUCAAUCAAAACAAAGAAGGAACUGAAGCAUCUCAGUCUGACAUGUCAAAAACCCCUAGUGGUCCACACACAGUGUCAUCCAGCUGCAUCACUUCUACCUCAGGGCAGGCUGUUACAGACAAACUGACUCCUGGCUCUCAAAGAGAAGUAGCAUCACCGGAGACUGUCAAUACUCAAUGCAAGUACUUGAAUGGCAACAUUCAUGACAAAGUUUAUGUUAAAGAAGGUCAGACACUUCAUACCACAAACUCUGAGAGGUGUUCUGAGAGAAGUUCAGGGGUACUUUCAUGUGUUCCCACCAAUAACCAGCAGCAGAGGAGCCUCUCUAGCUCUGACCAGAAUACCUGUAGGAAGGACUCACACUGUGAGCAGAGCAAGCGUAGCACAGAGCCAAGGAGAAGAAAGAGCCGUUCCUGUAGCAGCGUCAACACUGAUGAGAGCAAGGAUAAACGGGAGAGGAGCAGACACAGGAGAGAUGUAGAUUAUCGGGAUGAAAAGCGCAGGAAAGAAAGGAGGUAUUACAGACACUCUAGCAGAAGUUACAGCCCUCGCCGGAGCCGCAGCCCUCGCCGAAGAAGCGUCAGCCCCAGACGUUCCCGCUACAGAAGAACUGGCAGCAGUGAACGUAAGAGGGACAGAAGGGAAAGAAGUCACAGUCGCAGAAGUGUGAGUAGGAGACAAAGGAGGAGGAGAUCACUGAGUAAGCAAAGGAGUACUUGGAGUAGGUAGUGGACUUGGAAAGACCGUGGUUGGACAAAAGGGCCAGAAAGUUGUAAAUGAGACCUCAUCAGUGUGACUACUAUAGAAAAAUUUGUUUUGAGCAAUGCUUGACUUGCACCUAGUCCCUGAAAUGAAGAAAAUAGAUGCCUGAUGGUUCUGAUGUUCCUUCAUGCUUUGUUGUCGCUUUCUAGGUUUUCUACCACGAUGUAAACCACCUGUGCUUGUGCUUGAGUUCCUACCAUGCUAAAAGCCAACCUGUUUUCUUGAUUUUCAGUUUUCUAAACCUUAAUUUUAGUCAAUUUAGGGUUUUUUUUCUCUCUGUAUCGCCUAAUUUGGCUUGAGAAGUACACAAGUGCCAGUUAUAGGAACUCAAGAUUUGACAAGCUAUUACAUAUAGAUUGGAUUUAAAAUGUUUUCUGGUACAUUCAGUGAAAUCACAUUUGACAAAGUAGAGGUUUUGCUGAUGGAGAUGGAUAGCAGGACUUGCAUUUGUUUCUUAAAACUGACUAUAAAGAUAAGCAGAUGAUCUUUUUAAACUGCUAUGAUUCCUUCAUGUGUCUGUAUGGUGCCAAGCUUUUUGGCCCAAAUUAUUCUGACAUGUAGUGCUGUUUGUAUAAUACUUUCCAUCUAAGAGAGGUGCACUGAUGUAGGAAGUAAUAAGCAGUGAUAAAAUGGUUGAAAAGGUGUUGACGUAUUUUGUUGACAUUUGGCUUUGUAAUUGCUUCAGGUGGUAUAGAGCCACUUGAAGGAUUUUUUUCAGGUACAUACAGAGCUAGUCAUUGUCUUCUGAAAAAGGGGCCUUCUUGCUAAAUUAUUUUUACUUGUGGUGUUGGAAAGUAAGGCUGCAGUGUCCCUUGUUAAAUCCAUGUAAGAAUACUUUUGCUUCUAAAAUGCAGCUCAGGAAUAUUAAAAGCUAUAACAUUACAAUGAAACAGUUUAUUUUGCCUUUUUAUGGUAAAAUUAAAAAAACCAAACCUGUUUCCAGCGAACUGAAGUUGCUGUUUUCAUGUCAGUAUAUUAAAAUCUGCAGAAGUGUUGUAUGAGAACCCAUUUGUUGAAAAAGAUCCCUCAACAUAUUUGAAUAAUGAAGCUCAGCCAUUCUUCUUGAUGGUCCCGUAAUGUACAACUAUGUCAAGUGUUAUUUGAGCAGGAUGUGUGAUCUUUACCUACAGCCUUCAGGUGCCAUUUUCCUUACACUGAUGUAUCAAAUUAAAGUGCAUCCUUUUCAUGGAGUGCCUGGAGAACACAUUGGUACUGCAGCUCAGCUGGAUCACUGGGUGGUUGAGUUUAUUUGCGUUGAUUUCACUGAAUCCAUGUAGGGUUUCUUUCUUACUAGAUCAUGCUGCUGAAAUAUUAGUAGUUACUAGCUGUGGAAAGAAAAGGUAGACAUUGUUUUCCCUUCCUGGCAAUUCAUGUCUUUAAAGAUCUACAGUUAAUUAUGGUACUUCUCAAGUUUUUGUCAUGUCUCUUGUUGAGUUUCACCACUACCUUGGGGGCUUGGAGCACAACUGAUUUAUCUAACCAUCUCAACACUGCCAAUUUCUUGAAUUCUGACUGUGAGGCUAAAAGCCUAUCUACCUGAAGAUAAGUUCAUUUUUAGUCAUGAUUUACAUUAAAAAACAAUCUAAUGUU